AUGGCCACUCUCCGCCGGAGCAAGACGAUGCCUGCCGACGGCCAGACAGCCAAGUUCCUCUACACCAUCCUGAAACAGCUCGAUCUGAAAUCUGUCGACUGGAAUCUGGUGGCGUCGCAGCUGGACAUCUCCAACGGCCACGCCGCCCGCAUGCGCUUCUCGCGCUUCCGCCAGCACAUGGAAGGCAUUCCCACCGUGCCUCGCGCCCAGAGACCUAAGAAGCCCACCAAGGAAAGCAGCAAACUGGGCAAGUUCGCCAAGGGCGAUCUCUCAGAGAAGGAGAACCCGAAGAAACGACCCGCUCCAGACUUCAUCAAGGAGGAACAGCGAGAGCCGUCCCUGCAGAUGAGCCCUCUGGUCAAGCGUGAGCCCGGUCCUGAUCCGAUGCUGUCCACGCUGCCGACUGCCAUGUCGCCGUCUGGUCUGGUGCCUGCGUCGGGGAACUCGCUGUCUACGGCGCCGCCUUAUCCUUUGUUGACUGUCGCUCCAGCCGAUCUGGCCCUGAAUAAUCAGCAGCAGCAGCAGCAGCAGCAACAACAGCAUCAACAUCAGCACUUCCCCGACUACAGCCAGCCCCAGUAUCCUCCGAUACCGUCCUUGAACCCGCCAGUCAGUUUCAAUCCUUUCAUGUCCAGCGUCCCGCCAGCACGGCCAGAGCCGACGUGGGCGCCAGUCAAGAUCGAGCCCAGGGAUGAACGGGGUCUGGAUGAUAUUUUUGUCAAGGUGGAGCCCAGCAUGGAAUAG